AUGUUAAAUGAAACGAAGGCCACUGAAUUAGAAGAGAAAAAUCCUUUACGAGAAGGCAACGAAUCAAGGUCCCUACAGGAAGACCUUCACGCGAAGGCCACUGGAUUAGAUGGUCAUUCAUCAACAGUUUAUUCAGUCAAUUUCUCUCCUGAUGGUACUACAUUAGCAUCUGGUAGUGAUGAUAAAUCUAUCCGUUUAUGGGAUGUUAAGACAGGAUAAUAAACAGCCAAAUUAGAUGGUCAUUCAUAAGCAGUUAUAUCAGUCAAUUUCUCUCCUGAUGGUACUACAUUAGCAUCUGGUAGUUUGGAUAACUCUAUCCGUUUAUGGGAUGUUAAGACAGGAUAAUAAAAAGCCAAAUUAGAUGGUCAUUCGCAUUAUGUUUAUUCAGUGAAUUUCUCUCCUGAUGGUACUACAUUAGCAUCUGGUAGUUUUGAUAACUCUAUCCGUUUAUGGGAUGUUAAGACAGGAUAAUAAAUCUUAUCCUCAGCUAAUCGUUAUCAAAAUAUUCUAGCUUAAUUUUAACCUUCAAUAAUUAAAAAUAAUGCUCUUUCAGAUACUGUUCAUUCUAACGUUACCAUCCUUCUAAUAUCACAAUAACUCAUCUUUUAAUCAUAAGGUGCUCAAAUUUUACAAGGACAGUUUCAUAAUCCAUAAGGCAUAGACUUGAGAACAUUAUUCUAAUAAAAAGGAAGCUUGAUUUUAGAAAACUAGUAAAAACUGUAAGAUUGA